UGAGUUGACUUACCAGUCGUUGGAGAACCAACCAAGUAGGCAGAGGACAAAUCACGAGGUACAUGGCUUUUGGCUAGACAAAAAACAAUGGCCACACAAUCUAUUGAUCCAUAUCCAAUAACCACAGAUUCUACAAACAGGAGAAAAACCGACAAUUGUGGUAAACUGUUGAUACAAUUUCUCUUAAUUUAUUGGAAAUCGUUUGUAAUCAUACUAUGGCCACUGAUUCUAUUGCCCAUUGUUAUCAUUGAAACUACCGAGGUAAAAGCGAUGCGAUGUUUAUACGUGAUUGGUUUGAUGGCAAUGUUCUGGAUGACCGAAGUACUUCCUUUACCAAUCACAGGUUUAAUUCCUAUUUUUCUUUACCCAUUGAUGGGCAUAAUGAGCACUGGUGAUACUUGUAUGUGUUAUAUGAAUGAUACUACAAUGAUGUUUAUUGGUAGUAUGGUGAUCGCGAUCGUUAUUGAAAAUUCUGGCCUACAUAUACGUAUCGCGCUAUUGAUCAUUAAACUGAUUGGUUGCAGUCAUCGAAGAUUAACACUGGGCUUGUUUUGCGUAACUAUGUUUUUAUCUAUGUGGAUUUCAAAUACUGCUGCCACUACUAUGAUGUUACCUAUUGUCGAAAUUGUUCUUUUAGAACUUGAAGCACAAGGUUUGGGAGAUAUGUUCAUACGAGAAGAAAAUAAUUGUGAAGAGAGUAUAGAAUCAUCAAAGAAACCGACACAUAUUACUAUGACUUAUUAUCUUGUGACAGCGUAUGCUUCUAGUCUUGGAGGUGUGGGCACAUUAGUUGGAACCGGCACCAACUUAACGUUAAAAGGAUUUUUUGAAAAACGGUUCCCAAACAGUUCUGGCAUUAGUCUAACAUCGUGGAUGCUUUAUUCAGUACCACCAAUGCUUCUAAUGGGAUUCCUCACGUGGCUUUGGCUUCAAGUUAUGUACAUGGGAAUGUUUAGACCAGGAAGCAAAGAUGCGAAAGCUAUUAAUAUUGGCAAACAGGGAGAAAAAGUUGCAGCGACUAUAAUCGAAAAAAGAUACAAAGAACUCGGCCCGAUUACGUGGCACGAAUUCUCUGUUGGUCUCCUGUUCCUUGUAGUUGUACUACUAUGGUUCUUCCGAAAUCCUGGAUUUGUACAGGGUUGGCCAACUUACAUUACCGAUUUACACGUUAAAGAUUCAACGGCAGCCGCUGGUGUUACUCUUCUAUUCUUCAUAUUACCAUCCAAACUGGAUUUCCUUCGAUCAUUCGACGCGGAUCCUGUUAAUCGACCAACCAAACCAUCGCCUGGCAUGAUUACUUGGAAAAUGAUUAAUACGAAGAUGCAUUGGAGUUUGAUUUUAGUUUUGGGUGGUGGAUUUGCCAUCUCAGCUGGAAGUACCACUUCCAACCUUUCUUCUAUUCUAGGAAAUGCUUUAACUAUUUUGAAAUCAAUAAAUCCAUUUGCGAUAUUAUUUAUUGUCUGCCUAUUUGCAGAAACUAUCACAGAACUGACAUCUAAUGUUGCAAUUGCAAAUAUUAUUUUACCUGUUUUGGCAGAAAUGUGUAUUGCUUUACGAAUACAUCCACUAUAUUUGAUGCUACCAGCCUCUUUAUGUUGUUCUUUUUCAUUUCAUCUACCAGUAGGCACUCCACCAAAUACAAUUGCUAUUACAGCAGGUCAUAUAAAAACCAGAGAUUUUGCAAUUGCUGGAAUAGGACCUAGCAUUAUAACGCUUCUUGUAACAAUAUUUGCAUUUUCCACUUGGGGCACCUACAUCUUUAAUUUAUCUGAGUUUCCUGAUUGGGCAACUUAAAACUACUUCAGUGUUUCAUUAUUGUGUUUAGUACAUCAUUAUCACUCAAUGUUUUUAAUAAAUAUCAAAUUUCAUAAUCA